AUGAUAGAAUAUUCUCGAUGAUUUGAACCCACUCCUUUAUAUUUCUUUUCUCGCCAUUAGAUCUGUCCUCUUCCGGUCUCGAGUUGCGAUUUGUUCCUCCGAUAAGUAAAUACGGUACGCCAACUUUCGUACAAAAUGGCGCGAACGAAACAACAGGCUCCUUUACAAAAGACACCGUCAUCAGAUAUUAUGGAACGAUUGAGUGAUCUGCCAGAAUCUAAUGCUACACUUCAAAAUGGCCAUUCCACUCCGUCCAAGCCCAGCGCAAACGGUAGUGCAAAUUCGAAGCCAGAAACAUCGGGGACGGAGGACAACAGUCCCGGUCUGGUUCAGUUGGCCAUUUGUGUUGGUGGAAUUUAUGCUUCUUUCCUUCUAUGGGGUGUUCUGCAGGAAGCUAUUACGACUACUCACUAUCCCGCUCACGAAGCCAAAGGAGAAUCAGAAUCCGCCGAGCGCUUUACGUUUCCGAUUGUUCUCAAUACUAUUCAAUCAUGCUUUGCAGCGGUGACAGGCUCUCUAUAUUUAUAUUUUUCAACACCAAACGGACAACCGGUGCCGUCGAUCUUUCCCAACCGGAGGAUUCUGUUCCCCUUGAUUUUUGUUAGCAUUUCGUCCUCGCUAGCGUCACCCUUUGGCUACGCUGGCUUGCAACACAUUGACUACUUGACCUUCGUCCUCGCCAAGUCAUGUAAGUUACUCCCAGUUAUGUUACUUCACAUGACUAUCUUCCGGAAGCGUUACCCCUUGUAUAAAUAUGUGGUGGUUAUGUUGGUGACUCUUGGUGUCGGAACUUUUACUCUGUAUCAUCCCGGAACUUCGAAGAAGAUGGCUGCUUCCACACACAGUGGGCAAACACUUUACGGAUUGUUCCUUUUGUUUAUUAAUCUGUUGCUCGAUGGCCUCACCAACUCUACACAAGACCACGUCUUCAGCUCACCGAACCUAUAUACGCGCUAUACAGGACCGCAGAUGAUGGUUGCCCAGAAUUUUCUUGCAACUGUUCUCACGACUACAUACCUACUCAUUGCUCCGUACUUGACAGAUAACGGCCCUAUUGUCUCCUUGCUACCAUUCCAGAUCCCACCCUCGGCUGGUUUGGAAUUGUCGUAUUCCAUUUCAUUCCUACAACGCCACCCGCAAGCCCUAAAACAUGUCUUGGGAUUUGCUGCGUGUGGUGCAAUCGGUCAGGUCUUUAUCUACUAUACGCUUUCCAAGUUCUCGUCAUUGCUUCUUGUCACUGUGACUGUCACCAGGAAAAUGCUCAGUAUGAUUAUUAGCGUGUUCUGGUUUGGACAUUCUUUGACGCAUGGCCAAUGGCUCGGUGUGCUUCUCGUCUUUGGUGGUGUUGGCGCCGAGGGAAUUGUGCAGAGACGAGAGAAGAAGGCAAAAGAGGCAGCAAAGCUGAAGAAGAACCAUUGAUAGUUUUGUACUUUGAUAGACACUGUCCUUCUCUCUGUAUAUAUCUCGAUAGACGUUUAAGUAGUGUCAACAUGCAUUAUGAUCACCAUAAAUUCAUUUACACUUUAAGCUAUACGUAGUCAGAGAAAGGACAGGGGUUACUUCCUCCCUUCAACCAUAAUAAUAUGAUACCCAAACCCAGUCUUGACUUCAGCAUAUUUCGGAUUUGCCGUCGUGCUCGGCUCAAGUUCAUAUGCCACUUUCUCAAAGUCACCGUGUAGACUUCCUCGUACUUUCCAGCCUAGUGAACCGCCUGUAGGAAUCCUCCCAGAAGGGCCGGGUGUGGUUAGUAUA